AUUUUUCUUUGUCGUCUGGCCGGAGACAAUCUGGAUUACUUUAAAACCUUCCUGCGUCCGCAUCUGCUCCCAAUGAUUAUGGGGCACCUUUCUGACGGCUUUGUUGAAAUGUACAAAGCUCAAUCAUCUUUCGAGAACGCCUGUAUUAUAUGGGGAUUUCAAGACUUUGACGACUACUACAGAAAUCAUAGAUUAACCUUCGAGGCCUUCGUACUUAUCGAUCAACCGUCUAACUUACCUCCAAACGAUGAGUCGGCUUCUGCCUGGCAAGUGGCCAUCCGCAUUCUCCUAAACGACGGCUUCACUGAGACUGUAAAGUACAUUCAGCGGUUUACAAAAGUAUUGUCCUCAGCGGAGUCAAUCGCCGAAGUAGCCGCGCACAUGGCAACCCUUAUGCUUCUUCAUUUGUCAAGCCCUCAGUCGCAUGCUGUUCGGCACGCCAACGGGAUUUCUCACGUGUUUGCUCACAUUCUUACCGAAUACUUUGCCCUUCUGUUUAUCCCACACUCACAUGACGAUGUUCGAGCAAUUGUCCACUGCGGCGCAAAGGAAGAAGAGUGGAAUUUUCAGUUUUUUCACAGGACUAUUGCUGCCCUUUUCAAGCGUGGUCAGACCUUCGAUGUUGAGUUCCAAAUGGUAUGUCCUGCUACUACCGACUACGCUUUCACCAAAUCUCUGUCCUCUUAA